CCCAAUCACACGGCUCCGAUCGUCACGUCUCCACGGGCAACCGCCUCGACAACACUCUAGACUCGUUUGGAUCAUACGAGCUCACGACCUGACGCCUCACAGGAUUACACUCACCGUUCGUUGUCUGCUACGGCUACAAUCGAUUUCCUAUCUGUGCAUGCGCAACCAUCACCUAUACUCGCCACCAUGCUGGCUCUUCGUGACCAGGAGAACCUGGUAAACACCCACCAGACUGCCGCCGCAGCCAAACCCUUGAAUCAGGGUAUCAACAAAAUACCGCCGAAGACUCCGGGCAAGUCAGUGCCACUCAACGACGAGAAUAACCCUCGCGCUUUCGGAAAGGGGACUAUCAAGGGAAAUAAGAGUCGUCAGGAGAAUGGAAAACCAGCAUUGAACGCGUUCGUGACGCCUGGUGAGACGAAGCACCGUGCUGUUCUGGGCAACAAGACCACCAAUCUCAAGACCAAUGCGUUCAAGACCCCGGGCCCCUUCGGAGGGACAUCCAAGCCCGAGAAGACAAACAACCGACGAACCUCGACUGCGCAGAGAAUCAAGAAGGCAGCUCCCGUCACCCAGCAGGCCCAGGCCAAAGUGUAUAUCGAGGCUGCUCAUGAUGAGGUGCCGGACAUUGAGUACAUGCCACCGAAGGCUACAGCUCUCUCGGAUGAACCCGAUGAUGUCACAUACGAUACUACAUUCCCUCAAUUCAAACCUCAGAACCGUGCUCUUGGCUUGGAGAGUGUCUAUGGGAAGCAGGAAAUUGGCAGUGAUGGCUUGACUAAGAGACAGCGCAAGUUCCAGGAGGACUCCGUCAAGUGCGACAAAAUGAUCAAUGAGACGAUCAUGAAGCAAUUGAACAACAUUAGCUUCAGCGAGCGCACCGAAGAUGCGGCAGCCAGCAUCCCGAAGUCACGCCUGCAAUCCACCCACCGCAGGGCUCCUUCCACCAGCGUGCGCCCUACUCGACAAAUUCCUACCAUUCGGUCUCGUGAGGCCGCCGCGGCACUUGCAGCCCCGAGGCCCAGCUCAGCACCAGUCCGAACCGUCGCCGUCCCCAAGUCCCGAGUUGCCUCUGCUGCAUCUGUUUUGAUGCCUCAGAAGAAAUCACGAACGCCAACCAAUCCCUCUUCCAUGCGCAGCACUGCUGCCACGGUCACUUCCAACAGCACUGUCGGAUACUCCAAGGGUCGCAGUGUCUCGUCGACCCUCCGCGAGACUGCCUCCGCACAGAAAGCCGCCUUCUCGGAGGCUUUGCUGUCUCCUGAGACAUUUAUGCAGCUAUACGGCAAGCCACCUCUGGACUCCGAGAUGUGGCUCCGUUGCAAGGCUGCUGGCUGCUUUGACGAAGAGAAUGUCGGCUAUCAAGAACUUGAAGAACAGCUACCGACGUUUGAAGAAGAUGAAGAGGCGGACAACUUCCAGCUUACGCUGUGAUCGGCUUGCUUGCCUCACAGACUCACCGCCAUGUCACAUUAUUACAUUGGAAUAAGGAAUUAUCAUUGAAUCCAGGGUCGAUUCCUUCUGUUUAUUAUUGCUGUUUACCUUUUAUUUCUGGCUCGGUCUGGUUGGAUAUGACAUCGAUUCCCGGGAGUGCAAUUGGGGAAAUGGGUUGUUCAGGAGAACUAUUAUUGGCGUAUCAUAUGGAAAUGAAUGUCUUCUUCAGUCGGGGCUUUUUCAACCGCGGAUCGCACUGUUUCAGGAAUCCCCACUCCUUGUGAAGAUCGCUCGGAGAGCCAAGGCCAGAUAAGCGCGGACAACACGAGCCCUUGGUGAGCAAUUACACACAAUAUAUCGCAGAUCAGGUAGUGAUAGAGACCUACAUUUACUCCGUUUUGAUGAAAACG